UCUCAAGUCAAUUCAAGUCGUUAUUUCAAGUGUUCACGACGACCAACACAAUUUUCAAUCACAAUGGCCGACAAUUUGUUCAUCGCUUUGUCCAAUGGAACAACAAAGGCUUACACAAGGGAAGAGGCAGAAAUGGCCUGCUGGUUGACUCGCUUAAGUACCUACGGUAUGGUCAAUCCGCAAGUGGAAGACAUUGCGGUCCGGCAUGUUCCCAUUGCGACUCCCCAGGACGUGCCGGAAACCAAGGAGGAGCCCGACAAUGCGAGGGAAGGCGACAUCCGUUGUCAGUCGUGCGGCUUGAAAUUAUCGGACCCCAGUGCAUUGAUUCGCCACAUGAAGACGCAUGAUCCCUCGUCGAAAAUAUACAAAUGUCAAGUGUGCAACAAGAAUGAACAAAGGCAAAGGACCAAUUGGAAGCAACAUGUGGCGACCCACAUUGGUGAGGAUAUAUCGCAGGAACUAUACGACACCUUGGACGCAGAGCAUCAGGCCAUCUUGAACACAACCGAUGGCUAUGUCACGGACGAGGUGCUUGCCAAGCGUUUGGCAAUCGCUCAAAGGAAGGCGGCCAGGAAAAGGAAGCAGUAAAUAUCUUCCUAUUGGGUGUUCAGCUUAGUUCUUGCGAUAUCUCCAAAUAUUUGUGUUCAUUCUUUGUAUAUUUUGCAUGUCUGUGAUAUUUGUUCAUAAUACACUUACAAUUAUCCUACAUUUCAUUCAUCGCUUCGUAAUUCAUUGUCGAGUAUGUCGUUUUUCUAUUUAGCCGGUUCUUUUUUGGGUUUGGGUGUU